AUGUACUACAAUGAGAAUAAAGACUCAGCAAAUAAUUUAGAAGCAUGCCCUGCCAUAGCCGAAUCCAAUAGUAGCUGUCAAGCAACCGUAAAUAGUGGACAUGCCUCAGAUUCGGAGUACAGAACAAGAGAAAAGGUGGAGAAGAGAUUGGCAACAUGGCAACUACAAUAUCUCUCUAUGGGUGGCAGGCUGACCUUGAUUAGCAGUGUUAUGGAUAGCAUUCCAACCUAUUACAUGUCACUUUACCCUAUGCCUAGUAAGGUGCUCCAGCUCAGGAGGACCUUUCUUUGGAAAGGGAAUAGUGAGGGGCAUAAGUUCCACCUUGUCAAGUGGUCCAAAGUAAUCCAACUCAAAGAUCUUGGUGGACUUGGUAUCAAAGAUUUGGCAAAACACAACAAGAGCAUGCUAAUGAAAUGGCUAGGAAAAUUUGGGGACGAGGAUACCAGCCUGUGGAAGAAGGUGAAUGUCUCUUUCAAGGUUGGGAAUGGUUCUCAUGUUAGAUUCUGGAAGGAUAUUUGGUUUGGAAAUUGCCCACUGAAGGAGAGCUUCCCUCUACUAUUUCAGAUAGCCAAUGAUCCCAAUUCUACAGUUAGGGAAUAUAGAUCAGAAAACGCAUGGGCCCCUCUCUUUAGAAGAAACAUGCAUGACUGGGAGUUGGACAAUUUUUUUGUGUUGUUGGAAAGACUGGGAAACCUCACCGUGAAUGAUCAGAUUCCAGACAAGCUCAUACGGGGAAGAGGUAGUGCAGAUUCCUAUACAGUCAAGGCAGGCUAUAGGCAUAUGUGUGAACAGAAUGGAAUCAUAGACUCUUGGCCGUGGAAGCUCAUUUGGAGGACAAAGCUUCCCACAAAGGUUAUUUGUUUUACUUGGACAGCCCUUAAAGAAGCCUCAAAUAUGUGGAAUAUGUUUCUAGCAAUCUCGGGGCUUAGCUGGACACAACCUCAGGGCAUUAAGGAGGCAGUAGAAGGAUGGAGCAGAUGGAAAGUUGACAGAGCCAUCAAGAAA